CACGCAAUAACGGCGCUCUUGGCCCAGAAUCGUUGCUAUAAACACAUCACAUCACGGCCUAAUCUACGCGACUGGGAGCUUCACGCCAUGUCAUUGUUACUGCUGAACAUCCCGCGUGCUCUGGGAAGGCGUUGUGUAUCGCCAAAGAGGUUCAAUUCAUCGCUGGUUCCAAAGAAGAACGAGUUACAGGAGCUCAUCACAAAGGUGAUUGGCUUCACGGGCCCGUUGCCCCUGUCACAGUUCAUGAGACAGUGUCUGACACAUCCAACGCUGGGGUACUAUACGUCCAGAGACCCCUUGGGGGCGCAAGGUGACUUUGUCACGUCGCCAGAGAUCUCGCAGAUGUUUGGUGAGCUCAUCGGAGUAUGGUUCUACUCGGUCUGGAAUCAGCAGAGGUGCCCUUCGAACGUCAACAUGGUUGAGUUUGGGCCAGGAAGAGGAACGCUGAUGUAUGACGUUAUGAGCAGCUUCACCAAGCUCGUGAAGAGAAGACACGGCGAUGAUUCCCUGAGCUUGAACCUGAUUAUGGUUGAGGCAUCACAUGUCCUUAGACAGAAGCAGGCGUCGAUACUGGGGGACUCUGACGUGGAUGCCACUGGUGAGUACUGGAAGGGUAAGUCCAGAUUCGGGCUGAACAACUCUAUCACGUGGGUUGAUACGGAGAGGGAUGUCUAUGAGGUUAUAGACAUGAAGAGAGAUACAAACUUCAUCAUUGCCCAUGAGUUUUUCGAUGCGUUGCCUAUAAAUCAGUACCAGAAGACGGAGGAAGGCUGGCGAGAGAUCCUCGUGGACGUACACCCGGAUACAAAGGAAUUUGUUUUGGUGAAACAGGCUAAGCACACGUCUGCCUGUGCUAUUCCAGAGUCUCAGGAACGUUAUAACAACGUUAGCUUGAACACCACCGUGGAGAUAUCGCCAGAGUCCUAUCAAUACUCUAAGGUCAUUGCAGACCUCAUCUCGAUAAAUUCACGGGGAACAGGGGCUGCUCUGAUUGUAGACUAUGGCACUUUGAACGAGGUUCCUGAGAAUACGCUAAGAGGUAUUAAGGAUCACAAGUUCACAAGUCCUUUCAAGGAUCUUGGUGAGGUUGAUCUCUCCGUGGAUGUUGACUUUCAAGCAAUUGCCCAUGCUGCAAGGGACUCUCAUGAGGUGGAAAUCCUAGGUCCUAUUGAACAAGGUGAUUUCCUACAUAACAUGGGCAUCACACAUCGUGUGAAGCAGCUCUGCAAAAGAGCCCAUGAUGAAGCUACAGAGCACAACAUUGAAAAGGCUUACCAUAGAUUAGUAGAUAAGGAUUCAGAGGGCAUGGGUAAGAUCUAUAAGUUUAUGGGGAUUUUACCAAAGGGUUAUACCACAUCAAUGGGAUUCAAUCAAUGAGACUCUCCCCGUUCCACCAUACUCCAGCAGUGCAAUCAGGUUUCUACGAGCCACAGUUCACCUAUUUAUUCAAUAAAUUCAUGUACAUAAGUUACCGUUAUUGACCACAUCCAUUGUUAUCAC